CGCAGCAAGGCAGAGGCGGAGGAGCAGCUGGAAGGGCCGGUCAGGCGGCGGCUCCGCCGCGGUGCUGGGGAUAAUUAGUGUCUGUGAGUCUGUUUGCCUCCGGGGGGCAGGGCGGGGGGAGCAGUGCGUGCCUGGCUGGGUGUGCGAGCCAGUGACUCGCCCCGGCCCCUCCAGCGAAGCCUCCACCCAGCGGGCUGGGAGCCGCCCUGGCCGCGCUCCCCUCCCUGACCCUCCCCUUACCCCGCCGGCCAAGGGAGCCUGGCAGAGCGAGCGGCGCCGGCGUCAUGUGACAGCGGAGACUAGUGCCAGGAGCCUGGGGGAGCCGAGCGAGCGCCCUCCCCUCGCCCAGAGACGCACGGCCACCGCGGAGCGCACAGCCUCAGCCGCAGGGAGCCGGGACGCGGGCCGGGUGCUUUGCUCUGUUUCACAGCCCCCAUCGCAGGGCUUCGGGCGGCGGCGGAGGCCCCCUGCCCUGCUGAGGAAAUACAAAUUGUAAGAAAAUUAUUUCAAGUGAACACACAAGCUAAUAAUUUUGCCCAGGACAACACAGACAUCAGAAGAUUUCACUGAAAAGAUGCUAAUGUUUGAUCCAGUCCCUAUCAAGCAAGAAGCCAUGGAACCUAUUUCAGUGUCAUACCAGUCCAAUUACAUGGACCAAAUGAAGCCAAACAAAUACAGUGUCAUUUAUCCUACCCCAAAUAUGUUGCACAAUAAAUUCUAUCAAACCCCAGAAGGACUAUCUAAUGGAAUCCAAAUGGAGCCAGUUGACCUUACAGUGAAUAAACGAAGCUCACCACAUUCAGCUGGAAGUUCUCCUUCUCCUCUGAAAUUUCAGACUGUACAUAGAAGAGCCUCACCUGGAUUAACUUUGUCCUCACCCAGCCCACCUAUGAAAAAAUUCACCCCACCACCUCCCCCAGGAGUUCAACCUUUUUCCAUGCCAUUAACAAUCCCUCCAGUAAUGGCUGCUCUUUCACGCCCUGGACUUAGGAGCCCUGGGAUACUUCCAAUUAUACAGCCACUUGUGGUCCAACCUGUUCCUUUUAUGUAUGCUCCACAUCUCCAGCAACCUAUAAUGGUGUCUACUGUUCUUCCAGAAGAGUUGGAAAAUCCAAGUAGCAUGCAAGUGCCUGUAAUUGAAUCUUAUGAGAAGCCCACAUUAAAGAAAACAAUCAAAGUAGAACCAGGAAUUGAAUCCCCAAGACCCGAGUUCUAUCCUGAACAAAUGUCUCCUCCAAUGAUGACCUCCUUGUCACCUCAGCAAAUAAUGUUGCAAGAGAAUCACCCUUCAGUUAUAGUUCAGCCGGGAAAGAGACCUUUACCUGUGGAAUCUCCAGACACACAAAGGAAACGCAGAAUACACAGGUGUGAUUAUGAAGGUUGCAACAAGGUCUAUACUAAAAGCUCCCACCUAAAAGCACACAGAAGAACGCAUACAGGUGAAAAGCCAUACAAGUGCACCUGGGAGGGAUGCACGUGGAAGUUUGCUCGUUCUGAUGAACUAACACGACAUUUCCGUAAACAUACCGGAAUCAAACCCUUCCAGUGCCCGGACUGUGACCGUAGUUUCUCACGCUCGGACCAUCUUGCUCUCCACAGGAAACGCCAUAUGCUAGUCUGAAUGUCUCUUGUCCCUCAGCUGCCCAUCACACUUUCUUUUUGUAUGUGCAUUUUAAUUUGGAUUCAGCUGGUCUGAAUCUCUGCGCUUACACAAUUAAAAGCUUCCAUAUGGUCAGUAAUAGAUGUUAUCUAACCUUGCUAUGUCCUUGCCACGGGUCAGACCUAAAGAAUGUGAACAUUUUUUUUUCUAGGGAUGCUAAGCAAACCCUUCCUGCAGACAGUAUGUGUAAUGUAUUCCUUUGUGAAUAAGGGAAUUUGUAAACUAGCAACUUUGUUGGUUUUGCCAUAUAAUCAGCCAGCAUAAAUUGAUCAACGAGUAAAUGUUAUUGAAUAUCCAGUCCUUGCCAGAGACUUUAUUUACGAGCCCUGCAAAGGAUACACUCUCCUUUUAUGCUCAACAGUGCAAUGAAUGGACUUUCUAACAUUGCUGGUUACAGCAGCAAGUUUAAAGCAACACUUUUAGAAAGACACCUUCUCACUGUAGAAAUCCCCUCUGCCAAGACAGUGAAUGACACUGUAAUAACUAACUAAGCAAAGUACUCUCUUUACAUCAUGAAAGAUUAAAUGAUAGCUGAUUUGGACUAAAUGAAUAAUAAUAUUUGAAGAAUCAUCAGCAGAAAUUGGUGUAUACACAUGAUUGUGCCUCUAAACCAACGUCACCUAUCUUUUGUAUUAUACUGUAGUACAUGAGCUUAUGUUUAUUGCAUGAUGCCUUGGUAGAUGCCUUAAGUGUGUGAUUCCUGUGUGACACUAUCUCUGUUUUGUGUGCAGCCGUAUAGGUGGAACACACGGUACUCCUAUGCCAUGACAUGAAAUUAUUUUCACAGAGACCUACCAUACCUCAUUUCAGGGGUAAAGAUGUAUCCCUUGAUAAUCACUCCCCUGUGUUUCCUGUUCUUUAAAAACUUCAUCAUACCUCAAAAGCAGCAGUUGUCAUAUCAAAAUGCUCAAAACUGUACCAUUGGUGGAAGCAAGUGCCAAUUUGAUACACUACAGUAUUUAAAUUUUAGUUCACAAGAUUUUUUUGAUGGCAAAAGGCUAAAUGGCAUCCAAUAGGAAGCACUUCCUGUGAGAAAUUGAGUUGUGUAAAUGUCUCAAAUGAAGAGAGUAGGCUUGAUAAGCCAUUUAAUGACUCUGUGAUUUGAUUUGUGGCUCUGUUGGUUUCUUGAUGCUAGGUGGACCAAGAGAUCCCAUGGAUGUGCUUGUUGUAUUAACAAAAUUGAGUCAGAAAGGUUCAACUCCCAGUUUCAGUUAACAAAAUAAAAUAAAUACCCAAGUAAAACAACCUAAAGUUUGGUGCUAAAUCUGUUCCAGAACUUUGGAGGUGUUAACUGCAUUAAAAGGGAGGUUCCUGCAUUUAUUAGUUGGCUGCUUUUGUGACACCACAAGGAAACAAGAUGUAUUUGUCUAGACUGUUAUGUCCCACAAUGUUUUUUGUUCAGUUCAUUAUGCAAUCAGCUAUAGUUCCUGCAAUAUGAAAAUGUCAUAGUCAAAUUUUCACCUCAUGGAAAAACCCACUGGAAAGGAAAAUAUCUGCAUGCUGCCCUCUAUGGGAAGGAAUUUGAGAGCCUGUGACGCAGGAAGUGUUCAUGACCUUAAACACUGGACACCUGGAAAAUCCUGCAUAUCCAAGGCCUUGGCUACACUUACCCGCUAGUUCGACGGCUGGAAAUCGAACUUCUGGGUUCGACUUAUCGCGUCUAGUCUGGACGCGAUAAGUCGAACCCGGAAGUGCUCGCCGUCGACUGCGGUAUUCCAGCUCGGCGAGAGGAGUACCGCGGAGUCGACGGGGGAGCCUGCCUGCCGAAUGUGGACCAAGGUAAGUUCGAACUAAGGUACUUCGACUUCAGCUACGUUAUUCACGUAGCUGAAGUUGCGUACCUUAGUUCGAAUUAGGGGGGUAGUGUAGACCAAGCCCAAGAGUUGCUGUGCCAGUUUACUCUCUUGGCAGUGUGGUUACAUCUACCUGACAUCCACAGCUGCUCCCCUCUGUCAGCAAAACUGGCAGGAAGGGGAGCGUCUCUAGUAGUAUAAAUAUAGGCCAAUGUAUAGACAUUUGGGAGGGUAAAGAAUAAAUUUAUAUCUUACAGCUGUCUGAACUUUAAUGCCAAGUGUCAGAGUAAUUGGGGAUAUUUUCACUUACUGUACAGAAAAGUGCAAAGGGUGCUUCUGACAUAAAAUAUGAAGUAUUUUCCCUGCUCUAAAAUUAACAUUCAUAUACUAACGUAUGGAACUGGGUAUCCAUUUAUCUAAGGCAGCGGUUCUCAAUCAGGGGCCUGGGGCCCCCUGGGGGUCCAUGUGCAGGUUUCAGGGGUUCCCCCAAGCAGGGCAUUAGACUCGCUGGGGCCCAGGUCAGAAAGCUGAAGCCCCACUGCAUGGGGCUGAAGCCCGACACCUUAAUCCCCACCACCCGGGGCUGAAGCCAAAGCCAGCUUCACGGGGGUCCCAGGCAAUUGCCCUGCUUGCUACCCCCUAACGCAGGCCCUGGCUUUUAUAUGCAGAAAACCAGGUGCGCCACAGGUGGGCUGUGGAGUUUUUAUAGCGUGUUGGUGGGGCCUCAGAAAGAAGUUGAGAGCCCCUGGUCUAAAGAAUUUCUUACCCUUUUGCAAUACUGUGGUGUUACACAGUCAAAACAUACAGUGAGGAAUGAGAAUUUUCAUACCAUGUCUCCCAGCACUUGGAAGUUUUGUGUAAGGGAUCUGAGCCACAUUCUGCUCUCCUACACCACUGUAUGUCUGGAGUAACUUCCCUGGAAUCAGUUGAAACUAUGCCAGAUUUAUAGUUGUGUAACUGGAUAGAAAUGUAAUUACCAGGUAAAUUUUCUCAGCCUUCUGUUGAUAGAUACAUGGCUCUGUCACUAACAUGAAAAAACUUCCUGGAAAGAGAACUAGCAUAGACUAGCACCAAUUUUUUUUUUUUAAGUUCCAGUAACAUCACAGAAUCAAAAUUGAUAUCAAAAUUAAGCUCUAGUUAUUUACAGCUAGCUAUUCCAUACAUGAAGAACUCAUUGACUUUAAUAGGGGCUCCACACAAUGAGCUGCACAGGAUCAAUUCCUGAAUUUGAACUUUGAAAUAUAUCACAGGAGGAUAGAUGUUUGGCAUGCUGUGGAUGAAAACAAUUAUAACCUGGAAACAAGCAGAUAGGAUCCUAUAAAGAAAAGCAGGUGUCAGACGUUCUAAUUCCAUUUCUAUUUUUAACUAAUGUAUCGCAUCAAAUUUGGUAUUUUUGUGACAUUAAAUUUCCCAUGCUGCUAAUUUUUUUUUUUUUUUGGUCUUUCAUAAAACAGUUUUGUUAAGUGUUUGCAUCUUUUGCUCACUAUAAUCUGGGGCUACAUGCUCUUCUGGCAUAACUCCACUGAAGUUACUCCAGCAGAGCAUUAAAUCCCUGAGAUGUAGGCUAUUAAAUCAGCUGUUAACCUGUUUGCCUCUGUUUAAAUAUAUUUAUAAUGAGUUGUAGGGAGAAAUACUGUUAAGAUGCAAUAUAAUUAUAAAAUGCCCUUGGCCAUAUGCUUUAUGACAUAGGACACUGACAGCAGGUUUAAAUUUAAACAUUAAAUAGAAUCUUAAUUAUUUGUAACCAAAUAAGAUCGUUUCAUGUAAAUGCUUUGUAAUAGGAUUUUUCACUUUAUAUAUGUGGUGUCAUAUCUUCUGGGAAGUCAGAAAAGCAAUUACAAAAUAAAUUUUAUCUUUUUAGUUUAAAAUGUGAAUCUGCAUUUUAAAUGGGGCAUUAACUCUAACUUUGGUUUGGGGAGUGCAUCAAAAAAAAAUAUUAACUAAGGAAAUACUAAACAAGCAUCAGCUCCAAUCUAAAGAGCUCACUCCUCCUCUUGUUGUCUGGGUCUAAAGACACGCACACAACUCUGCUGCGGGAUUUGCUUUGUGUAUUUAAAAGAAAAACCUGUGCACUAGCAAUAUUGCACUGUAUAGUAUAGUAUGUAACUUGGAAUACCAUUAUACUAAUAUUGUACCUGUAUGUACCAUUCGACAUUAUAAUGGAUUACAUAUUUCCGAGACAAUCCUUCGGAGUUAAACAGGUAUGACAGGUAAUGUGGUUUUAUUUAAAUAUACACUGUAGUUCUGUAGUGAUCUGUCUAAUGCCACAAACUUGUCUGAAUAUGUUGUCUGUGUUUUGUCUCUGUCAAGGUUAGCAAACUGUAAAUGAAUGCAAAUCCUUUCUUAAAACAAAAAACAUUUUACAUGUAUUAAGAGGGUUACAAAAAUUUUCAUUGUUUUACAGAUAUUAGCACUUUUCUGCUAUUUAUGUACCUUAAAUGUUAGAGGGUCAAAAUAAUCUUUCUGCUUAGCAUUUCUUAAAACAUUACCUGCAAAUAUAGCAGGGAUAUUACAUUUACUUUAAUACUUGUAUAAACUAUACAGAAAUUUUUUAAUAAAAUGUAAUAUAUUUUAUAAGCUAAUAAGACUAAGUGGGUAAUUAAAGGUUUCUAGCAUGCAUUACUAUAACUUGCAAAUACUGAAACAUUUUGGUAAUCUUUCUUACUAAAGAUGUGAAUGUUUAAUGUACUUUCACUGUUUCUACUUUGGUAGUCCAAUGGGAAUUCAGUAAUGACAUUUUGUCAUGUCAAACUGUGAACAUAAAUUUGUACUGUACAGUCCUCAUACUAUAUACAGUAUACAAUAUGUAUUAUACUUGUUAAUAAAACUAUCAGAAUAUUAAA